AUGAAAAGAGAGAAAUAGACACGAUUGUAAACAUUAAGUGAUGAGCCUACAUCUGCUGUAAAAUUGCCAAGUGUGUAUUCGAUAAAUAAAACUAUAUAAGGAGAAGAUGGAACUGUAUAAAUAUUGAGUAAAUAAGUAGAUUUUUGCAAUGAAUCAACUAAUGAGUAGAGCAAAUGUUGGGACAGGGAAUAAGACUUUUAGAACCUUAUCAAAGAUUACAAAUGAGUAAAGUGAAAGAAAGGAUUUGCAAUUAUUAUAAUAAUGGACAGAUGUAUGUAAUAUUGAUUAUGAUUAAAGUCCAUGAUGUAAUAGAUCUAGAAGUAGCAUUUUUAUAGUAUAACAGAGUUUUAUGAUAAAAUGGAGUUGAUAUACUCUGGUUCAAUAGGAUAAUUAUGUUAGUAGUUGUCUGUGAAAUGUAAUGAUUAUUCUUAGUUGAUCGAUAAGAUAUGGUCAUAAUUUACAGGGACUGUGAAAGAGAUAAUUGAUAAAUAAUCUAGAACAAAUCGUAGAUUAGAAAAGGAGAGUUUAACAAAUACAAUUAAGAUUCAUGAGAGGUAUUAGAACUCAAUGACUGAAAAAGUAUAAAGAUUAUAAGAAGCAGAAAAAUAGUUGAAACGAAAUACAGAAUAUGUUGAGAAAUUAAAUAAAGAGAACAAAUAUUUAAGAAAGAAAACUAAUGCAUUUCAAACAUAAAUUACAAGUCUUAAUAAUGAUAUUGAAUUGUUGAAAUUGUAAUUAGAGGAUUUGAAUAAAGAAAAUUAAACACUUAAAUUAUUUUAAUAAGUUAGACAUUCUACUGAAAAUAUUACAGCAGAUUAUGAGGAAGAAUUAUAUAAGGCUAAGAAAGAGAUAUUUGAUGAUUUUAAAAUUGUAUUUGAAGAAUAAACACGUAAAUUUGAAGAAGCAUAUCAUAAUAAAAUGUUAGAAUUAGAAAGAGGUACAGAUGAUAAAGCAUAAAAAGAUGAAAAUCUAAUUGAAUAAUACGAAGAAAUAUUAUUUAAAGAUAAAUGUAUUGGUAAUCAUGUUAAAUUUACUGAUACUUAUACUGAUACUUUAGAGUAUAUAUUUAUAUUAAAAUAUUAAAUAGUUUAAUCUUAACCUAAGAUUCAUAAGUCUAAACUAUCUAUUAAAAAAAGAAACUUUAUGAUUGGGCAACAUAAACUCUCCCUAUUCAAACAUCUAAUUAAUCUUGUGAAGCAAAUUAUGCAAUCAUUAAAAGAGAAUCUAUACCAAGAAAUAAUGAAGAAUAAACUUAUUUAGAAAUGUCACGUUAUCCAAUUAAAGCUUUUAUAGAUGAUUAUUACCAAUUAUACAUUGAGAAAGUUGAAAUUGAAAAAAAAACAUUCCCUGAAAUAUUUGAAAGUGUUCUUGAUCAACUUAAAUUUAGAUCCUCUUAAUUAUUUAAUAUUAUGAAAAUGAAAGAAGAAUUCUAUUAAGAAGAUUUUCAUCAAAUUGAUUAAUAUUUUCAAAGUUCUUAUUCAGUAUUUGUAUUCUUAACACAUCAUUUUUAAGAUAUUAUUCAUAAAUUAAAAGAUGAAUUAAUUGCUCGCAAAAUAUAAAUCUUUGAAACUUAAAUUGAUUGUAAAUAAGCUAUUAGAUAGAAGAAUCUUGUCUAAAAAAGAUUAGAUUUACUUAGCUCAAAAUUUUAAUAAUAAGUCAAAAAUUAUAAUUUUAUUGAAAAAUAAUUCAAAUAAAUAUCUAAAUACAUUCCAUAAUAUCAGUAAGAUUAAAUACGUCGUAAAGCUUAAAAACAUAAAAUUCAUUUAGAAUUCCCAAAAGCGUAUUCCCCAACCCCUAAUCCUAAUCCUAUGAUUUCUAGUACUAAUAAUUUGAACUAUCUAAACAAUUUCAAUCCAUAACCAUAAUAGGUAUUUAUCAAUAGUUCCACUACACUUUUACCUCCAUAACAUUAAAGUACUAGUCCAAAUAUAUUAUUAUCUGUCAAUCCUAAAACUUCAUUUGGAUUCUUUCCACCUAUGACUCCUUUAGAACCCUAAUAAGAUAGUAGUUUACCAUAACGUAAUUCUUUAGUAGAAUUAAGUUGUGAUUCUCCAGAAGCUGCUGAAGUGUUUUCACCUCAAAAACCAUAAAUAACUUUAAAUUGUAUUUAUUUACUAUUAUGAUAGUCUUUCCUGAUAAUAAAUUUGAAGAAUCUUCUAGUUCUUCAGAAGAAGAAGUAGAUUUAUCAGAAUGUUUGAAUCCUGUAAAGAAUCUUCUAUCAAUUGAAAAGAAGUUGUUUGUUAAUAGAUGUUCAAGUAAGAAUACAUAGAUUGCAACUUAAACUCUUUUAUAAGAGAUUCAAUAAUUUAGAAGGGAUAAAAUAGAAAAUAUAGUGACUUAAGGUACACUUAUAAAAACAUUGUCUAAUUUUGUAUAAUGGUGUUUAAAGUUCAAUAAAUUUAAUUAUCCUAUGCAUGUCUAAUUGUAUGAAUAUUUUUCAAGUGAAAAUCAAUCAUAACCAUAGAAUGUUUGGUUAGGAAAGGUGGCUAGAGUUAUAAAAUCAGUUAUAUAUUAUAAGAGAAAGAAUGAUUCAGCAAGACUAUUUCAUGCAAUGUUGGUUGGAGAUGUACUUAAUGUUAUCUAUAAUGUAAUUAGUUAAGUUUCCUGAUUUACUUAUAAAUCUUGAGUAACAUAUAGAGUGUCAAUUUCUAAGAUACAGGAAUAUCUGUUCUUCAAUCUUAAUUGGCUGAUUAAAUUAAGAGUUUAUAGAAGUUGCCUUAAUAUAUUGAUUAUGAUUAAGAGAUUUUACAUCAUCUUGGACCAAUGUAAGAUAUUAAGAUUUAAGAGUUGCUUCUUAAAUAUUCUAUGAUAUUACAAAUAUUUGCAGAAGAUGGGGAAAGAUUAACAUAAACUUAAUUUAGAUUGUUAAUGCUUGAAAUUGAAAGCAAGAAGGACGAUUAAUAUUAUAUUAAUAUUUUCAAUUCUGAAUGUGACAUUGAGUAAAAUUCUAUUUAAUACAUAUCUUUUUAAAGAUUUGCUGUUCUAUGUGAAGAACUUUAAUUUCUUUAAGGAUUAGAUGAUUAUAUUAAUAAAAACGAUGCUUAAUAUUUUAAAGAUGUUGAUCUUUGGAAAAUGAGAGAAAUAGAAUUAAAAUUGAUGCUAAUUAGAAGUCACAAUUAUGAUGCAUCUGAAAGAGAUUUAUUUUAUAGAAUGCAUAAAUUACAUUAACCUUCAUAACGUAUUAUUUUAGGAAGGUUUUUGGAAAGAAGAGCGAAAGAGUUAUUACUCAAUAAAUAUACAUUAGAAUGUUUAGCACCAUUUAUGUUACUUUUCGAAUCAUGA